AGCCAUGUUUUUUUCCCAGAGCGACGUGUACGGAAAAGAAAUGGCAACGCGCAGUGCGCUUGCAGGGGUAGAUGUAUGCAGGACAUGAAUUUGCCUGCCAGAUCGCGUCUGUGCAGGCAGCGCUAUGCAUGGUUGCUAGAGCGACCGGAGACUCGUGCCGCUUUUGGAUGUUUUUGCGUUACGGCUGCGCAUGUUUAGCUCUUCAUUACCGCAUCAGGAAGGUGGCUUCCGGGGAUUGCGGCAUCAAGGAUAUCUUCUUUCGGACGAGAUGUUGACAGGCUGCCGCUAGGUGUGUGGGAGUGGAAUAGGCAACGUUCAUGGUUAAGCAACGAUGCGUCGGCUGGAAUUUAUUCCAGGGUUGUUAAUGAGCCUGCAGAGGUUUAUACCUCUCUAUAUGGUUGUGCAGUUAACUUCUAUGCGUCUAAGACGUAUGGGCAGACUACCAAUUAGACGUAGUGCGAGAGGCGUUUUAGAGAUGCCCUGGAGCGGUUUCGUCAGCAUACCGAAACAAGGCGUAGUAAGGUUGCGUAGAGCGCUAGCGUUGCUACGAAAGGUAUUAUCCGUGUUGCAGCUCAAAGGUCGGACGUACAUCGUACCAUGUAGCCCAAAGAUCAGAAGUUCAGUUGAUGGUCAAGGGACCGGUUGUCUUACAAGGGGAAACGACGUCAAGGCGGUGCAGUGUCUCGUUGGUGAAUAUACCGUUGUGUUUAAGAUUAUGCUAUCGUUGUAUCAUCGUUAUUUAACUGCCUGUAGAACUUAUCUUUGUCAUUAUUAUAUUGUUUCAUCGUGAGCCAAUCCUAGUUCCAUGGUUUGGACAGGCGCGGUUGAAAGAUGGCACCACAAUU